AUGCCGGCGGAUGCUCUUGCUCGUAAAAUGCAUUGCCUAAUAGCGCCGGUAGGCUACACAACUCUUGCAAUUUCUUGGCGGAAGACUAGCAUGAUGAUUGAAAUUGCCGAAGAGGUUAACAAACUUUUGUUAACCGACCAGUUCCCCAUUUCGAGUUCUAUGCGUGCGGCAAUCAUCACAGACUUGGAGAACCGUCACCGGGUAAUCAUCAUCUGUGUGAUGUCAGGUGCACAGCUCAUGGUUUUGUUCUACUUCGUGCCUCCUAUCCUCAAAUUCCUGACCAGCGCUCCGUCGUCGCGACAGCUUGACCUUCCGCUGAAUUUGCCGGAUCCGCUCGCUCUCAUCGGGUUCACACCCACUGACGUAUCACGUGCAAUAGCCUAUUUCAUUUGCAUCCUCAGUAAUAUGUCUCAUUUCUACAUCGUUUACCUCGGGAAAUCGCUCACCUUCGUCAUUAUGGAUUCCCUGAAGACAGCAUUCUUCAUCUGUGGACAGAGUUUAGAGACCUUUGGUCAUGAAGGAUUCUUGGAUACGGAACAAUUUUUGAGCGCUGUUAAGCUUCAUCAACGUGUGCUCAGAUUGUCCUCAAAAGUGAAAAACGCCGUUGAACCCUACUUCAUAGUGAGUUUGACAGCGUCAAUGUGCUACAAUACAACUUGUGCAUUAGCAGUUACUCAUCAGGUAUAUAAUAAUGAGUGCUGA